UGAAAAUAUCACCCGGGAAUAAAUUAUGAUAAACCGUGACGUUGUUUGUUAAAAUCUUCAACCCUUUAUCAGCAGUUCGUCUCAUCGAAUCGCGGUACACAAUCAGUAGCAUGUGUCAAGGAGUAAAUCAUUGUUAACAUGAAGCACUUAAAGCAGGACAUGUGUAGAGUCGACAUGUAGCACAAUAAGCAAGACAUGUGUAGUGUCGAUUAAUGGAUUAAGAUGACGCUGAAAUAAUGGCCUGCUCGUACAACACAAGUUGACUCUUCUGAAGAUAUUGUGUGGUUGUAACAAAAUGGCGUGUUUAGCUGAUGUGUAUAAGGAUAAGGAAAGGACAAACUGGCUGAAGGCGUGGCUAGCAAUAGACAUUGCAAAGUCUGGCUUGGAACACUUAGCUGACAACGUGGCUCAGAAUUUUCACCGGCUAAUUUACAGCCAUGUAGGAUCUUCUAGCACCAGCUGUACCACAGCAAAUGUACAGCAUAAAAUUAUCAAGGAACAUAGGUAUAAUAGAUUGUCUUUGAAAAAUACAUCUGCGCAUUUGUGGCAAACAAACUAUUGGGAAAUAGCAAAAUGUUUUUUCCCACCAGAUGGAUAUGCUGCCACAAGUUCAAUUCAAGAUACAGACUUCAACGGAGUCAUCAGUUUUAUGCUAAACUGUAAACGCUUUGAUAGCAGUUUGUCUUUUCCAAUUACAACGGGAAAGCCCACAAAUCCCAUGUCUGCGUGCCUCCUGUAUAAGGCUCGUGAAAUCGGGAAAGCUGUGCUCCACUCUUCCGUAAUGAAGGUAACAGACGUGGAGCUCCUAGACUACUUCACAACAUUGUCCAACCUGCUGAAUGAUUCACGCUAUCUAAUUGGAGAUAGCGAUGCCCCAAAAGCUGUUAAGAAAUUAGAAGAGGUACAUGUAGAAUAA